AUGGCUUCAUCAUCAUCCAACGUCGUAGGCGUUCACUACCGAGUUGGUAAGAAGAUCGGAGAGGGUUCUUUUGGUGUCAUCUUUGAGGGUACCAAUCUACUCAACAACCAGCAAGUUGCUAUCAAAUUCGAACCUCGCAAGAGUGAUGCUCCUCAAUUGCGCGACGAGUACCGAACAUACAAGAUCCUUGUCGGCUGCCCUGGUAUUCCCAAUGUUUACUACUUUGGCCAGGAAGGACUUCACAACAUCCUGGUGAUCGACCUCCUUGGCCCUUCACUGGAGGAUCUUUUCGAUCACUGUGGCAGAAGAUUUUCCAUCAAGACAGUUGUCAUGGUCGCCAAGCAGAUGCUCUCAAGGGUCCAGACCAUCCACGAGAAGAACCUGAUCUAUCGCGACAUCAAGCCCGAUAACUUCUUGAUCGGCCGUCCAGGCACCAAAGCCUCUAGUGUAAUCCAUGUUGUCGACUUCGGCAUGGCCAAGCAGUAUCGUGACCCGAAGACGAAGCAACAUAUUCCUUACCGCGAGCGGAAAUCACUUUCUGGAACCGCCCGAUAUAUGAGUAUCAACACUCACUUGGGUCGUGAGCAGUCCCGCCGAGAUGAUCUCGAAGCUCUGGGUCACGUUUUCUUGUAUUUCCUUCGUGGUGGUCUCCCCUGGCAAGGCUUGAAGGCUGCUACCAACAAGCAGAAGUAUGAGAAGAUCGGCGAGAAGAAGCAGACCACUAUCAUCAAGGACCUGUGCGAGGGCUUCCCCGAGGAGUUCUCCAAGUACUUGACUUACGUCCGAAACCUUGGCUUCGAGGACACUCCCGACUACGACUACCUUCGCGAGCUUUUCACACAGGCCCUCAAGAAUACCGGCGAGGUCGAGGAUGGCGAGUACGACUGGAUGAAGAUCUCCAAGGAUUCGGGAAAGGGAUGGGACUCGAAGAACCACAGCAACGCCUACCUCCACAACCCAAAUGUUCGCCCUGGGCCUUCCCAGAUGGAGCUGCACAGCGGCCACCGUCCCGGGAAUACCACCUCUCACCAACAAGCACAAAACCUUACUGUCGGCCGUUUAAACGCCGCGCAACCCCCUCCUCCCUCUCCGAUCAAGCAGAUGGGCAAGCAGAGAGAUCGGCCAAGCGCCCCCGGCGCAUUGUCAGCACAGAGGGGGAGCGGGGUUGGGGGUCUCCGGGACAUGGCCACGCCCACUGGCUCGACUCAGGCCCAGUUCCAGAACAGCGCCCAGAACCUGCCCCAGCAGCCGAGGACCUCCCAGCAAGGCCCGGCGACCCAGCCUACCCAAGCUAGCGGUCAACAGGCUAACCCUCAGCCUAGUGGUUUCCAGAAGCUCAUGAAGACCCUGUGCUGUGGUUAA